AGCAACAACAGCAACAACAGCAACUACAAAAAAAUAACAAUAAUAUUACUUCAAAUACUUUUCCAGGGAUGCAAAUUAGAGUAUUAGGUGUACCACAAACAGGGGCAAAGUCUCGUGUAGAAACACAAAUCAAAUUAUGUAUUCAAUUAGUUACUGAUGAUGGCGAUAAAGCUCAAUGGUGGUCUCAUCUUAAAUUACCUGAGCAUAUGGUUGCCAAGGAUAAGUUAAAACGUCAAAUCUUAGACGAUAAAUCAGUUAUCAUAAAUCCUGAAAAAAUGCUAUUUUUAACUGCUCGUGUUAUCUGUGCAAGUGACCCUUCUCGAAAAGUAAUGACUUGUGUAGGAUGCAUUCAAAGAGAACGUAAAAGAUCACAACGAAGAAAAGAGAAUAAAGUCAACAUACAAGAAAAUACUGCUUUAGAAGAACAGAAAAUAUUACUAUUCAAUUGCUCAGAGAUGGUUGAUUUUAGUUCAGGAGAUACCAUUCUUCCAACUCGUAUCACAUGUUAUUGUCGACACCAUAAUGAGCGGCUCGGCUUUUGUAUUUAUUUCGAAAUGCAUGAUCAUACUGGGAAACGAGUAGCAACAGGGAUGUCACCACCUAUAAUGAUUACAGAUGACCAUAAAUCAAAUAAAGUCAAGCCAGGAAGAAAACGUCUUCGUACAACAAUAGCUAAUUCUAAUAAAUCACCUAAUGUUGAAAAUCGUCCAGCUCUUGCUCCAAAUUAUUUCUCUUCACAACCUUACCAUAUUCAGCCUAGACCACCUACCUUACAGUCUCCUAUGGAUUCUCCGAUAUCAGCAUUUUCAGAAAAACUUAUUAUGCCACAACCACCACCAUUAGAACAGCGGCCUUUAUUACAGCGUUUAAUUCCCUCUGAAGGCCCUACCUUUGGUGGCGUUGAAGUGACAUUGUUAGGCAGUGGCUUUAGAACCGGUCUCACUUGCAUGUUUGGUGAUGUUGCUGCUUCUAGUACUCAUUAUUGGUCUCCUAACACACUUGUCUGUAUUUUACCUCCGGCUGCAGAAGCUGGCACUGUUGUUGUCUCCUUUAAAGAAUAUCCACUUGUGGUUGAAAGCCAGGAUGUAAUGCUUUUCACUUACUAUAAUGAAAAUGAUCGCGCUCUUAUGGAGUUGGCGCUACAAGUGGUUGGACUCAAAAUGACUGGCAAAGUAGAAGAUGCACGAGAGAUUGCCAUGCGCAUUGUCCAAGGUGGAAAUAAUAAUAAUAAUAAUAAUAAUAAUAACCAACAACAACAACAACAUCAACAAAAUAAUAAUUUAGCCCUAGAACAACAUAUUAUUCAAGUUCUUGAAAUUAUGAAGACUUUUAAUGAUGUAGAUUCUUCUGACGUAUCAUUAGCAAAUCCUCAGCAACAUACAAUGCUUCAUUUUGCUGCUAUGUUAGGUUUUCCAAGACUUACCGAGACUCUCAUUGAGCUUGGUUGUGAUGUUAAUGCUGUAGACAAAAAUGGAUAUACAGCUUUGCACUACGCUGUAUGGUAUGGGCAUGAGGCAGUUGUUCGUUCUUUAAUUACAAAAGGUCAUGCAGAUCCAGAUAUCAUUAAUUUAUGGAAUAAACGGCCAUUUGAAUUAACUAAAUCUGAUGCUAUUCGAGCUAUUCUCCUUGAAGAGACUCCCUCCGAAGCUGAAGACUAUCUUUCUUCAGAUGCUCAGAGUGCUGAUAUCGAUACUUCCUUUGAUGAAGAUGAUGACAGUAGUGUUUGGUUAAGUGAUUGUAAAGAAAGUUUACCAUCACAAAUGUGGUCGAGCUUUGUAUCCUAUACAUCAACUGAUGAUGAUGAUGAUGAAGAAGAAGAAGAAAAGAAUGUGAGUCCUACCUCAAUUCAAUACCUUAGUACUGAAGAAAACAAGGUACAUUCAGCAGAUGAAAUUAUGGAUGCUGAACCUAUUCAUACCAUCCCUGAUACAAGCGAUGAUGAUGAGCAACCAUUAACAAAAGAAAUGAGUUGGAUGCAGCGUACUCUAUCACAUUUUCAGCAACCAAGCAAUGAUACCACAAGUUUUCUUCAGAAUAUUAAAAAUAAUAUGCCCACAAAGACGACUGAUCUUAAGAAUCUAGCGGAUCUCUUACAAUUCCCUAGUCCUACAACAAUGCUUGCCAACAUGUUUAGCCAAUCACAAAACAACAAGCCAGAAGAACAAUUAGCUUGGUAUAUGGCGUUAGCAUACGCAAUGGGAGCUCGUAGUUUUAUUGAACAACAACAAGAGGCUACAGACGAAGAGCCACCAACAAGCAAUCAACAGCCCACAAUACAAAUAGCAAAAAAACGUCGAGAUAAGCGAUUAUUUUCGUUCUGGGUUCCUAUGUUAUGCUUGAUGGUAAUUUGGCUUAUAUUUCAAUUUGUGUCAUCACAUCCUGGUAUUAUUGAUACAAUUAUUGGUAUCUCUGGUUUCAGAAGACAAUAUUUAACAAUUCAUUGAAAAAAAUACCCCUUAUAAAAUAUUUCUCUCUUCUAUCUAUUUUAUUUAUAAUAAAGGAUAACAUAUGCUUUGAGUAAAAAAAAAAAAAAA